CACUUGUCUGCUGUGUGACCUUGGGGUUUGGCAGCAUGGCCAGGAGGGCCUUGAAGUUUGCCUCAUGGACUGGGGUGGCCCUGGCCUCCUCUGGGAUCUACGUGUACGGCAGCAAGUACCUGGACCCCAAUGACUUUGGAGCUGUCCGAGUGGGCAGGGCUGUCACCACGACGGCGGUCAUCUGCUAUGACUACCUCACCUCCCUGAGGAGUGUCCCGUUUGGCUCAGAGGAGUACGUCCAACUCAAAUCGCAGGUCCACCUGCGCUCGGCCGAGCGGCUUCGAGAACUCUGUUGUGCCAACCGCGGAACCUUCAUCAAGGUGGGCCAGCACCUGGGGGCCUUGGACUACCUGCUCCCCGAGGAAUACACCAGCACCCUCAAGGUCCUCCACAGUCAGGCCCCACAGAGCAGCAUGCAGGAGGUCAAGCAGGUGAUCCGUGAGGACUUAGGCAAAGAGAUUAGCGACCUGUUUUUGAGCUUCGAGGACACUCCCCUGGGGGCGGCAUCCUUGGCCCAGGUCCACAAGGCCGUGCUGCACGACGGGACCACGGUGGCUGUGAAGGUCCAGCACCCCAAGGUGCAGUCUCAGAGCUCCAAGGACAUUCUUCUGAUGGAGGUGCUCCUUCUGGUUGUGAAGCAGCUGUUCCCGGACUUUGAAUUCAUGUGGUUGGUAGAUGAAGCCAAGAAGAAUUUGCCCUUGGAGUUGGACUUCCUCAAGGAAGGGAAAAAUGCAGAGAAAGUGGCUCAAAUGCUUAAGCGCUUUGAUUUCCUCAAGGUUCCUCGCAUCUACUGGGAGCUGUCAACCAGGCGGGUGUUGCUAAUGGAGUUUGUGGAAGGCGGGCAGGUGAAUGACAGGGCCUAUAUGCACAGGAACAGGAUAGACGUCAACGAGAUCUCUCGCAAUCUGGGGAAGAUGUACAGUGAGAUGAUCUUUGUCAACGGCUUCGUGCACUGUGACCCGCAUCCUGGCAAUGUGCUAGUGAGGAAGCGCCCGGGCUCUGGGAAACCAGAGAUCAUCCUUCUGGACCAUGGGCUCUACCAGGUCUUGUCAGAGGAGUUUCGCCUAGACUACUGCCGCCUUUGGCAAUCCCUGAUCAAGGCAGACAUGAAGGGGCUCCAGAAGUAUAGCCGGAGGCUGGGGGCGGGGGAUCUGUACCCUCUAUUCGCCUGCGUGCUCACGGCACGUUCCUGGAACUCUGUCAACAAGGGCAUUGGCCGGUCACCGGUCACGGCCAGUGAGGAUGUGGAGAUCCGCAACAACGCGGCUGCCUACCUCCCGCAGAUCAGCCAGCUCCUCAACAACAUACCCCGCCAGAUGCUGCUACUCCUCAAGACCAACGACCUCCUCCGAGGAAUCGAGACGGCCCUGCACACCCGCGCCAGUGCUAGCUCCUUCCUCAACAUGUCUCGCUGCUGUGUCCGGGCCCUGGCCACGCAUAAGAAGAAUAAGACCCGCUCGUUCUUCAGAAGGAACCAAAUUUCCCUCAGCGAGGCCCUGAGCCUGUGGCAGAUCGACCUGCAUGAACUCUUCCUGAAGGCCAAGGGAUCUUGGCUGGGAAACUGCAUCUUUGUUCUGCUGAGCUGGCUGUCCCCUGCUCCAUUCUGAGCAGUGGGCACCUCCCUUGCCCCUUUGCGUGGCAGCCCCGGGCAGGUCCAGAUCCCGUCUCAGCAGGUUCCGGUCCCUGGCACCCAUGGCUUCUCCAGCAGCAGCCCCAGCAUUCAGGCGGCCAGAGGGAGACGACCCUGGAUUGUGACACUCCAGACCCCUGCCCUAUCUAUGGGUCGGCCACCAUGCAGUGGAUCAUUGGUUUGUGAAUCCCCAGACUCCUGCUUGUAAUGCGCUCAUCACAGUCAGAAAAGGCAGCUAGAGAAAGAACUAAGAAGGAGAGGGGAGUCUGACAGGGGCUUUCCUCUGAGCAGGAUACCAUGAUGAGGGAGGAACACCUCUCUACCUUUCCCUGCUUCCUCUGGAUUUGGGGCCCUGGAAGGAGACGCCGGGGAAUUCCAUCAAAUCUUUAGAUGCCAAACUGAGCCUCACCCUCUUGUUGUCCUUUGUCAUAUGAGGGGGCUUAGUAUAUUCCAGUGUUUCAUUUACCAGACUUUCCUGCUGCUGCUGCAGCUUCCACAACCACUUUGAUGCCAGCAAUGGAGACAGGAUAAGCUCAGUUGUGACCAUCGGGCUUUUGACCUGCCAUUUGGAGGAAAACCCAGGGGAUGGGGCAGGGUGAAGCAUGAAGAAAGGAGAGGGUUCCUUUCCUUUCCCUCCUUCAUCAGAGUUGCACUUGCUUUGAAGAGUAGCUCUGCACUUUGUAAGACACUCCAAGAUGGCUACUGGUCCCAGGGAUGUUCACGGAGUCUGUGAUGUCCUGUGUCCAUAAAACACCUCAAUAAAUCUUCCUCUCCAUU